GUAUGUCGGAACCAAAAGCAGCAGCGGAAGAGUUUCUCGGGGGACCUGUUUACCUGCGACACAGCAUGGCUACGCAUGUGGGAGAAAAAAUGGCUAGUGGAGACGUGUUGAGCGUGCUGGAGGAGUGUGUAAAGACAAUCAAUGCCAACACAGCUCAGCCAGAUAACUUCCUGAGCCUUCAAGAUGGAGUGGCAUCAGACUUUACCUCUCUCACUAAGAUCCUGUAUGACCUCCACAAAGCUGAAGAGCCUGCAGACUAUAAAGGCAGCCCAUUGGCUCAGCUGUUGGUGGAGAACUUUGAUGAAGAGCAGAUCUGGCAGGAGCUGGAGCUACAAAACAAUGCUGUAAUGAAACACUUUAAAAAUGCAGCUGAUGAGGCUUUGUCAGAUGAGACAUUAACAGUGCUGGUCGAGGAGGAUGAAGAGAAUAGUGCAGAAGUAGAUGAAAAUGUUGAUGAUGAAGAGGAGGAUGAGCCACCAAGACAUUCCAAGAAAAUGGCUGCUGAGGAUGGGGCAGAGGAGUACACUGAUGAAGACUCUGAUCUAGAUUUUGAUGUGGACGCUCUGGAGAAACGAGAGAAACAGAAGAAGGAGAUUGGAAGGAAAUUCUCCAAAACAAAGGUGGUUCCCUCAGAGGUUGAUGAUACGUUCUUCAAACUGUCAGAGAUGGAGUCGUUUCUGGAUGAUAUGGACAAGCGAGAGGGAAAGGAGGAUGAGAACGAAAACGAGCUAGACUAUUUUCAGGACCUGCCCUCCGAUGAAGACGACGAUCUCGACUUGGAUGAAAUACUUUCUACCCAAAAGAAAAAGAUAAUCACUGUAAAGAGCUCAAGGAAUCUCAAGUACAAGGACUUCUUUGAUGCUGUGGAUGGUGGACCAGCUAAAGCAGACGACCAGUCAGAUGGCGAGGAUGACAGCAUGGAUGAAAGCCAGGAACAAGGUGGAGAAGAAAUGGAUGACGAGGAUGAUGAUUAUGAUGGUGAAGAGGAGGGUGAUGAUGAGGAUGAAGAGACCAAAGCAUCUCUUAAGAAAGUCACUUUUAACCUCUCUGAGGACGAGGACAGCGAGGGAGAAGACAUUGUGGACAUUUUUGGAGGAAAAUCUACAAGCUCAGCAAAAUCUGAAUCAAAGUCAUCAUUUGAAAAACGGCAAGAUAAGAUGUCAGAGAAGAUAGAUGAGUUGGAGAAAGCAGCUCUAGCAGCCAAGCCUUGGCAGUUGUCAGGAGAGGUUACCGCACAGACUCGUCCAGAGAACAGCAUGCUGGAGGAAGAUGUGGAGUUUGAGCAGACAGGCAGGAUGGCCCCUGGUAACACAGAGGAAACCACACUACAGCUUGAAGACAUCAUCAAACAGAGAAUUAAAGACCAGGCGUUUGAUGAUGUGGUGCGCAAGGAGAAACCCAAAGAGGAGGUGUUUGAGUACAAGAAGAGGCUAACGUUGGACCAUGAGAAGAGCAAGCAGAGUCUAGCAGAGAUCUAUGAGCAAGAAUACCUCAAGCAGAAUCAGCAAAAGACAGAAGAGGUGGAAAACCCAGCUCAUGUAGAAAUUCAAAAGCUUAUGGACACACUCUUCCUAAAGUUGGAUGCUCUCUCCAACUUCCACUUCACACCCAAACCACCCGUUCCCGAGGUCAAAGUGGUGUCAAACCUGCCGUCUGUCACAAUGGAGGAGGUGGCUCCCGUCAGCGCUAGUGAUGCUACGCUGCUUGCACCAGAAGAAAUCAAAGAGAAGAACAAAGCAGGAGAUGUUCUCGGUGAUACUGAGAAGACGUCAACAGACAAGAAGCGUGACAGACGCCACAAGAAGACGGUGAAGCGUCUAAAGAUCAAGGAGAAAGAAAAGAGGCAGAAACUUAAAGAGGCCAGUAAAACGGGCGAGAACAGAAAGCCGUCAAAGGCUGAAGUCACAGAAAACCUGAAGAAACUCACAAAAGGAGGCAAAGCCACGAUACUCAAGGACGAGGGGAAGGACAAGGCUCUGCGGUCCUCUCAAGCCUUCUUCUCUGAGCUGCAGGACCAGGUUAAAAGUCAGAUCAAAAGUGCAAAGGACCAGUCUUCAAAGAAGAAGAAACACAAAGAGGUUUCUGUCAGCAAACUCAAGUUAUAACAACUGUGAUGGUUUGUUGUGGAAGAUCAACGUUUUAUUGUACAGAUUCUUUUUUUCAUAGAAAGCUGCAAUAUAUUAAAUCUGAAAGUCCAUGUUAAAUGUUUCCAUUUUCAUUAAAAUAAAUGGAGAGCCCAGUUGUUUUUGUUUGGCAAUAAGUAAAGCUUUUUCAACUAAUAAUAAAUGAUCACAUGAAAAUAUUGGAGCACUUUCCUUUGUGGAAAGAUGAAUUUAGAGAGCCUGUGUGAAGGAGGCUGUUUGCUUGUUGUAUGUUGGGGUUUUUUUCUCAUAAAAUUCAAAAUACAAACA